GCUGUGUCACAAUGUCCUAGUUAGUCUUUGGAUAACUUCCUGCCAUGCCACGGGAAGAACGCUCUGAGGAGAAAUAGUAGAUUGCUGGAUAACCCACAUCAAUCUCUCAAUGAAUGUUAUAUUAUUUAUAUUUUUAUUUGGGUCUUCUUCCUCAGGGCUUAGCAAUUCUAAGCCUGGAAUGGAAGACCUACUCAAUGUGAUAUCUUCAGAUGGAGACAAUCAUGAAGAGCACUAUAUGACUAAUAACGCUGGUAAACAUGGAGACAAAAGUAUGAAUGAUAUUCCUGCUAAUGAGAAAACUGGCAAUUAUUAUAAAGAUAUAAAACAAUAUGUGUUCACCACACAAAAUCCAAAUGGCACCACCUCUGAAAUAUCCGUGAGAGCAAGAACAGAUGUGAAUAUUGCCCUAAGGAACUAUAGAAUUAGUUCAACGCUUGCAAACAAAAAUUUCGAGGAGGAAGAUGAAGGCUUUCGUGCAAAGAAGCAAAGAACAACCCCAAAUGUGCCUGCAUUUUGGACAAUGUUAGCGAAAGCUAUAAAUGGAACGACAGUGAGCAUGGAUGACAAAGAUCAAUUAUUUCAACCAGUUCCAGGCUCUGAUAUGAACGAUUCAAGUGCUGGAGACAAACUAGCAAACCUAGAAGAGCUCAAGCUCAGAUUAAUGCUGGGCAUCGCGCUGAUGACCAUCCUCAUUUUUAUUCCCCUUGUGAUAUUCUGCAUUAUCACACUGCACAGACUGAAGCAGCUGAGUCGCAAAAGAGAUCAGAGUCAAUACUCCAUCAACCCAGAGCUGGCCGUCCUUUCAUACUUUGAGCCAUCACAGGGUGUAUCAGAUACAUCUUUCUCCAAAAGUGCAGCGAGCAGCAUGUAUUUGGUUUCCACCCCUUCACUUGUGAGAAAGAAGUCUAUAAAGAUAGCAAAGCCAGAGCCAGCAGUCACAGAGCAACUUGAUGAGGCAGAGUUACUCAUCGGAGAGGGGGCAAGGGAUGCCAACAUUGAGCGAGCAAGUGCUGCCAUCAGUGAGGAAGCAAAUGAUGCCAUCAAUGAGGCAAACGAUAUCAAAUAGAUGACAUCCUCUUGUAACUCACAAAUGAUUUUUGUCCUUGACAUUAACAUCAUAAUUUUGAAACGACUGAGACAGUUGGAAUAUCAUAAUUUUGAAACUACUGAGACAGUUGGGCUUCUCAUCACUCAAAAGCAAAUAAUCAUGACUCAGAAAUUAA